CGACCUGACGCACGGUUUCUGUGGAGACACUUCUCAAGCGGAAUGGGGCGGGACGACCUGAGGGGACCGGCUUCGCUAUAUUGGGCCACAGGCGAGGCAGCCCGCCUUCCGUACUCCGGAUUGGCUGAGCUCCUGCCGCGCCCCCCUCACGCCGGCGGCUUUCGCACGAGAAGUGGGCCCAUUUCACCCCAGUUGUAGCCACACGUGCCCUCGCGGUGGGAGUGAGUGCAGUCCGGGCCGGCCAGAUCCUUCGUAGACCCAGGAGCAGCGCGGGCCUCUUCAACGGGAUGUGCAGAUGGAGGCCGGAGGAGACACUGCCGCCCCAGCCCCUGGGGAUGCGGAGGACUUGGAGGAGAUGCGGUUCCCCAGUGAGGAGGCUGAAGACGGUGGAGGGGUUCACAGGGACUUACCCGAUCCUGGAGAUGCAAGCUUGGAGAAAGCAGGAUCCAAGACCAAGGACCAGUCACCUAGCCUGCUGCUCCAGUCAGAGGCUCCAUCAUGCACCUGUGGGCUCUGGAGCCCCGCGGCCUCCGAGGGCAGUCCUCUGGGCUGCCCUGAGACUGGCUUAGGGGGCCCAGGCGGGGACCCGAGCGAUGAGGACUGGCGCAGCAAACGGAAGCACGUGUUUGUGCUGAGUGAGGCCGGCAAGCCCAUUUACUCGAGGUACGGCAGCGUGGAAGCCCUGUCGACCACCAUGGGUGUGAUGACAGCCCUGGUGUCCUUCGUGCAGAGCGCAGGAGAUGCCAUUCGCGCCAUCUAUGCUGAGGACCACAAGCUGGUGUUCCUACAGCAGGGCCCACUGCUGCUGGUGGCCGUGUCAAGGACUCCUCAGUCAGCCGCCCAGCUGCGUGGGGAGCUGCUGGCCGUGCACGCACAGAUCGUGAGCACCCUGACGCGCGCCAGUGUGGCCCGCAUCUUUGCGCGCAAGCAGAACUACGAUCUCCGCCGCCUGCUGGCCGGCUCGGAGCGCACCCUGGACCGACUUCUGGACAGCGUGGAGCGGGACCCGGGGGCCCUGCUGCUGGGCGCCGUGCGCUGCGUGCCUCUGGCUCGCCCGCUGCGGGAUGCGUUGGGCGCGCUGCUCCGACGCUGCACGGCGCCCGGCCUGGCCCUCUCGGUCCUGGCGGUGGGCGGUCACCUGGUGACAGCCGCCCAGGAGCGGACGGUGCUGGCCGAGUGCCGGCUGGACCCCGCCGACCUGCAGUUGCUUCUGGACUGGGUGGGGGCACCGGCCUUCGCCGCGGGGGAGGCCUGGGCGCCCGUGUGCCUGCCUCGCUUCAAUCCUGAUGGUUUCUUCUACGCCUACGUGGCCCGCCUGGACGCCAUGCCCGUCUGCCUGCUGCUGCUGGGCACCGACCCUGAGGCCUUCCAUGACAUGGCCACCUGCCGGCGCCUGGUCGAAGAAGGCAUGCACUCGCUUGGAGCCAUGCGUGCCCUCAGGGAGGCUGCCAGCGUCUCGAAUGCUGCAUCGGCCAGUGCCUCGGCCUACAGUGUGCAGGCUGUGGGUGCUCCCGGCCUCCGGCACUUCCUCUAUAAGCCGCUGGACAUCCCUGACCAUCACCGCCAGCUGCCCCAGUUUACCAGCCCCGAGCUGGAGGCCCCUUACAGCAGAGAGGAGGAGCGACAGCGCCUGUCUGACCUGUACCACCGCCUGCACGCCCGGCUGCACAGCACCUCCCGGCCACUGCGCCUCAUCUACCACGUGGCUGAGAAGGAGACCCUUCUGGCCUGGGUGACCUCCAAAUUUGAACUGUAUACCUGCCUCAGCCCCCUGGUGACCAAGGCAGGCGCCAUCCUCGCAGUGACCAAACUCCUGCGUUGGGUGAAGAAAGAGGAGGAUCGGCUCUUCAUUCGUUACCCACCCAAGUACUCCACACCCCCAGCAGCCCCCGUGGCCUCCACGGACCAAGCUUCCCACAAUGGCUUGUUUACUGGCCCUUGAGAGGCAGAGCUCCCAGACUGGGCAGUGUUGAGAACCACCACCUUGGGCUUUUACCUUCUGUCUUCACCCUGGAAAUGGGGCAGGGUUGGGGGGUUGGUGGCGGCAGUAUGUCUGUGUGUGCUCCUUCAGUCAUGUCCAAUUCUUUUGCAACCGAGCAGACGGUAGCCCACCAGGCUCCUCUGUCCAUGGCGUUUCCCAGGCAAGAAUACCCGGGUGGGUUGCUGUGUCCUGUGGCUGGUCCCUAUCUCCCUAGGCAGUGCAGCAGGAUCUGGGGGGCUGCCCACGAAAGACACAUGGGUGGCAGUGUGAUUGCACACAGGUGAGCAGGCUGCCUCCCCAGCCCCCUCAUGCCCCUCCACCUCUGGGGAAAUCCUUAAGACUCCCUCUCCCCCUCCCUCUGCCUUCAUCUCCUCCACUUGGAUGGUGUUCCAGCCUCUGUCAGGGACCGUCUCCUCCUUUCCUGGACAUCUCAUGCUCAGUCCUGCGUCAGGGGCCUGCCUCCUCCCUGGGAUCUCAGCCCAGAGUGUCUAGGGCUGGCCAAGGUCUCCCUUGGUGGCCCACGGCAGUUCUGGAAUUGGAAAUGUAGGACUAAGUCUGUGCCCUGAAAUGGCCUGAGGAUAUUUUAAAAGAAAAGAGAACUGCACAUAAAAGACCUAAAACCGAUAUCCACAAGGACAUUCCUUUGCCCUUCAUGUGCUUCAUCUUUACCCAGUAAAAAAAUGACCCCAUCAGUGCUGACUGCUGCUAAUAUUAAGAAGAAGGUGACCUCCAGCGUCUACCUGCCUAUGUAACCCGGGGCAAAGUACCUGACUUCACACAGUGACUGAGACCCAGAAUUUUUACAGAUUCACUUAGCUUCCAUGGCCCAUUCUAUUCAUUCAUGAGCUGGAGAUAACUAACCGCUCAUAAGCUGUUAAAAGGAUUUGUGAACGAAAGGGGACUGCACCACUUGCCUACUACCGCACAGCACCCGCACAGUUGUCCCAGACUUUGACAAGCCACACAACCCAAGCAAAGAUGAGAGGGAGACAGCAAGACCUGCCUGUAAUUUCUACGUGUGUGUGCAACACUCAACACCCCAACAACCAAGACCAUAGUCCUGCCUCGGGUUUCGCUAAGCUGGAGCUUGGAGCCUCGUGCUGCACGCGUGCGCUGUUGCACAGAGAUCUCUGGGUGGCCCACUUCGCUGAGCUGAUCACCCGUCGCUCUUCAACUGAUGUAUCAACCGAUGCGCAGAAACAGACUGGACGCAUGCGCACUGGACGCGUGCAUGCUGUACCGCCUUUCUGCCCUCGCGUGGUAUUGUUUUUCUUUUUUCUUUUAAACCAAUCACCAAAGCACACGCGUAUCAGCUGCGUGCUGGAAAAUGGCGGGGAAGCUGGAGCCUCGGGAAGUGAAAUCGCCGGAAGUCGUGGAGGACGGUGAAGGUAGUGAGGGCAUCCUCUGGCAUCCAGGGUCGAAAGGAGGGAACCUUCGUCCCCUUGCCCUAGUGCAGCGCGUAGUCACUCCGUCCUGUCCGAGUUUGCAACCCCAUGGACUGUCGCCCUCCAGACUCCUUCGUUAAGGGGAUUUCCAGGCAAGAAUAAGGGAUCUUCCCAACCCAGGGAGGAAACUCGGAUCUGCAUUGCAGGUGAAUGCUUUGCCGUCUGAGCCACCAGGGAAGCCCAUUGUCUCCUUACAAUAAUGAAAUACUGGUACCAGUACUACAAAAAAAAAUUAUUAAAAACUGCUGUACCACAAAGUGGAGAUAAAUAACAUUAUAGCCUCAGCAUCUAGAUUAACUUGUCAAUUUUAUUGGUUAUACGUGUGUUAAAUAGAUCGAAUACCUCAGUAUUCAUCUUUUCAAACAAUUAAGGGGCGGAUGAUCUCACAAAACCCACUCAAUUGCUGCCAUAUCUAAGAAAACUUAGCAUUAAUUCCAAUAUCAUCAUUUCACACCCUCCCAGCACAUGCCACACUUUGCAUGGACUCUUAAAUCUUAAUCGUGGAUGACCACUCUCAAGAGAGCUGCUUUUCUCCCGGGCAUUUUGUUAAUAAUGACGCCCCCACCCCAGUGAGGGGAAAGACAAAAUUGUCCUAGAGGGAGUUGGAAAUUGCAGUCUAGGCAAAAGAAGAAAAUUGUCUUAAGACAAUGAUCCCCCUGCUAUGCCACUAGCACUUUUUUUAAACUAUAAACAUUUUCAAAAUGUACCUAAGCACAGAAAAUAUAGUGAAUGCCCAUGUACCAGUCACUGUGUAUUAAGAGUUGUUAACUCUUUGCCCUCCUUUCAUCUAUCUCUGACCUUCCUACACACUCUUUAGACCACCUUACUGAUAAUAAACACUUUGGAUUACAUCUUUUCAAACAUAUCUGUGCAGAUGACAACAAUGAUUAUGUGCUUGAAUAUUGUCUGUCCUAGGAUGUGAGCUUUUUGAGAACAGACCAUUCAUUACCAUUUCCCCAGCACCUAAAACAGUGCCUACUUGGCAAAAGUAGGUGCUCAGUAAUUUUCUUUUUUUAUUGUAUGAAUAAUGAAAUAACACUGAGAGUUCUCUUAGAUUAUGGCCUCAUGUUGAGUGCAAGCUUUCAACAAGAAGAUGCCAAUAAAUUGCCCUUAUUGCACUUAGUAUAGCUGCCACCGUGGGGGGAAAGAAACCCUAGUAUUUUAAAAAUUUUUUUAAAAAAGGAAGUUAUGAUUAACUUCACCAGCAAUGGAGAAAAUUGAAAAGCAUAUCAAGUUGCCAUUUCUAAACCAUCCAAAUUGGCUUUAGAACAGGAAAAAUAUCUGCUAUUGAUUACUCUGGCAGAACAGGACUUCUUUUGCCUUGAUAGUAGAAGUGGCCAGCAAAGGCUUUGCUGGAGGCAGUUUAUCAGAAUAUGCAAAGCAUCUAAAAUGCUAUUUCUGAUCUUUGGUCGCCAUGCUUGAGAAUCAUGGAAUAUACAGAUGUGUGGACCAGGCAGGAUCAUUGGAAUGUUGUUGAUGGCAGCAAAACGCAGAAACAAUCAUGGAAAUGGCUAACUUUAAGUAUACUCACGCAUUAUGGAAUGCCUAUGUGGUGGACAUUUUUUUUUUAAGAGGCAGGAAAAAAUAAAUUUCAAUUUGAUUCAUUACAGUUAAUUUUAAAAGGAGAUUAUAUGAAUUCCCUGACAGUCCAGUGAAUUAGGACUCAGCACUUUAACUGUUGUGGCUAUGGUUCAAUCCUUAGUUGGGGAACUAAGAUCCUCCAAGCCGUGCAGCACGGCCAAAAAAAAAAGGGCGAACACCGUGAUUCGUUAACACAGAGUAAGCUUCAUAGGGAUCAUAUUCUUAUGAGGGAAAGCAAGUUGGAAUUAAGAAAAAGAGGCAGUUCAGUUAUACGAUUAUAGCUCUAUGUGUGUUAACAUAGAAAAAUGUCUGAAGGCUAAAGGCCUAACUGGUGACUCUGAACAAGGGACUUGAAUUUUGGAGGUUGUACAGAAGUGAAAGCAUUUUUUUUAAUUUUAAAGGAAAAUGCCAGUAGUACUGAAUAACUUUAAAAUAUAAGAGGAAAAACUGUUGAAUGGCAUCUGGGGAUUGUACAUUAAUAUUGGUCAAGUUAUUAACAUCUAUUUUGAUGGUUAUACUGGUAGAGUUCCCUUAUAAAUUAGAAAUAUGUACUGGAAUAUUAAUAAAUAGUGGGUUAUGAUGCCUGCAAUUUGUGUGCAGAAAUGCUCCCAAAUGUGGAAUCUGAUACAGGGGCAAAUAGCACUGUGGCCUAUUUCUGCAGUUUUCAUGUACGUCUGAAAUUUAUUUCAAAAUAAAAUGUUUCAAAGGGGCUCAUACUCCAUAGGCUAUUUUGUUUUGUCACAUUGAUUUUUUUUUAAUUUUUGUCAAGAUGUUACUUAAACUAUUUAAAAGAUUUACCGAUCACUCAUGAUCUUACUGCAUGACUAGGAUUUACCGAUCACUCAUGAUCUUACUGCGUGACUAGGACUAGAAAUGCAGUGGAGAGGAAAAAUGGAGCUUUCCCAGAAAUGGUUGAACAAGCCAGCUGAGAGAGACAUAUGGGGACAAUCAUGGGAAACCACAUGUGUUGUGGGUAUUUGGUGAUAUAAAUGAUCCAAUGAUUAGUGAUGACUGUUAAUCUUGGUGAGACUCUAGAACUGCAGUCAUCUAAGAAAAUGUCUUCUAGUAGUUGAGACUGUUUUUUUGAGACUCUUAAUUAAUUUCAUCUAGGGAUGAAAUGUCAUGAAGUCUGGGACCUACUUGAAAAUACUUCAGCACACACAUACACACACACAAUAGCUGAAGCAAAUAUCAGUGGAUAUUAAUGAUUGUUAGAUCUGGGCAAUGAAUAAACCAGAGUUCAUCAUGGUAUCCUAUCUAAUUUCAUGUGCAUUUGGAAAUCCUCAUAAUAUUAAAAACAAGUAAUCACAAACACCUCCCUUUAUUAUUAAAGUAGAUUUAAUUUUUUGUUGUUUUAUUCCAAAUACUAAGACUAUUUGAAGAACUUAAAAGUAUCCAGAGGAGACAUACCAACCAGUGAAACCAGAGAAAGACAGUAAGAUUUAGAGCUAAGAAGAGAAGGGAGUUGCAUUUAAUUUCACAUAUUUCUGUAGUGCUUGAAUGUUUUUAGAAUGUUAUUUGGGUAAGUGAAAAUUAAAGCAAUAGAUGCGAUAGUUCUUACCAAGCUCUAAGUGUCUUCCCCAAACUUGGAGUGACUUGGAUAAGGGACUGUUGGUGAGAGGAGACUUUUACUUUUUACUCCUUGUUCUUCUACAGUUGUUUAUUAAGUAAUUUAAAAAUUCAAAUGCAAAAUUAAAUGAAUACAUCUAAUAUAAGGAAAAAGGAUGUAAAGAAAGUGAACAUAAUACCAAAUAUUUCAGCAAAAUUUAAAAAGCUCAGGUUAACAGCCCCUGAUUUACAGCAUGAGUUUUAAUGGCUGCAAAGAAUUUUAGCCUAUGAAGGUGCUGUAAUCAACUAAGGUAUCUUUAAGUUGCCUCCAUAUUUUAAGAUUAUGGACAAUGAAACAGUCUUGCCCACCAUCCUUAAUUAUUUCCUAAAAUAAAUGCCUUGAGGUGGAAUUUCUGAUCCAGAGGAGUUGAGUAAGUUUUUGGUAUUUACUACCAGAAAGUUUGAAAUGAAAUACUGUUUUUGCCUAUACGAUUGGCAAAAGUGACAAAGGUUGAAAAAAUAUUUGAAUGAUAAGAGUGUGAGGAAGGAGUCUUCCAUGGGCCUCUAGGGGGAGGGCAACUUUAAAAUACCAGAUUUAGUUACAUGCCCCUUGAUCCAUCCAGUAGUCUUCUAGGAAUUCAUUCAGUAACAUUCCCAUGCAUGCAUAAAGAAGAAUGUACCAGGAUCUUACAUUAGAUUGAAUUGUGUCCCCUUAAAAUUCAUGUCCACUCGAACUUCAAUAUGUGACCUUAUUUGGAAACAUUUGAGACUCUGUUAAGCGUCGUGCAGAAUAAGGGUGUACCCUAAUCUAAUAACUGGUGUCAUUAUAAGAAGAGGGAAAUUUGGACAUACAAAGAUAGAAUUUAAGGUGAAAGACACAAAAGAAAGACCCACGUAGAGGUACUGUUAUGGCUUCUCAAGAAAACUAAUACAGGUAGUCACUGGCAUUAUUUGUAACAGCAAAAGCAGCAAUCUAAGUGUCCAUCAAUAGGGGACAACUUUAAAAGAUCAUUAGUAUAUAUAUAUUAUCAAAUAGAAAAAUGCAGGGACUUCUCCGGCAGUCUACUGGCUAAGUCUGCAUGUUCUCAACGCAGGGGGCCUGGGUUCAGUCGAUCCCUAGACAGGGAACUAGAUCUCAUGUGCCGCAGCUAAGAGUUGACAUGCUGCAACUGAAGAUCCUGCAUGCCACAACUUAAAAAGCAGAUGCCACAUGCCAUAACUAAAGAUCACAAAUGCUGCAAUGAAGAUUGAAGAUCCUGCGUGCCACAAGAACUGAUGCCAAACAAAUAAAUAUUUUUUAAAUAAAGGAAAGAUAAAACUGUGAAAUGCCAUUUAGGACAUGACACCAUCUUUAUCAGAAAAGUGGGCAUAUGCUUGUAUGUGAUUUGAAUGAUCACUGAGUAUACACAAAUAGCCUGUCAUGCAGGUGGCCUUGCAGAGGGUAACUGAGGAACUUAGGUCUUGAGGGAGGGACUUUGCACUGUAUACCAAAGUGGGUAAGCAUUUCUUCAUUUACUCUUUGGCUGUCAUAUGUGUUUUGUGAGCUUCUUUUCAUCUUCUCUGCUUAAUUUUUCUUGAAGAGCAAGCAAUGAGUCACUGGGAGUUGCCCCUUUGUCACUGAUUUUACAAGAGUUUUAAGAUGUUGGUAUUUUUGCUCUUUUUGUUGUUGUUAUAAGUAACACAGGCUCACUUUAAAAAGUACCUAGAAAUAUAUGUGGCAAAAUUAUGUUUGAAUCAAGACCUAAAUAAAGUCCAUUUUCAUUAGA